CGGACUUGGAUUUCUUACUAUUGAGUGCUGAUACCUACUGGGAGCUGCUAGCCCCCCUUUAAUUGGUUCCAUAUUUGCAAAAUGAUUUUACAACAGCAGCAAAAUGCGCUGAACUCCGUGCUGUGCGACCCGAUUGGCUGCAGCAUUAGCGCCACUUUUGUGCCUCCAUCCAACGUCGAGACUUGGUUCCCAUCUAACCAGGCAGGUAAAAUUGCAAACUGGUUGGUUUGUUUUCCCUUUACAAGUGCCAUAGAAAUGAACUGCGUGACGGUUCCAGGCAGUCACAUGACAGGGCUGUCAGUUACAUCAAACUCGGGGGGAUUCUAUUUAUAUUCCGAGGAACCGACCCAGAGCGGAACGUGUGAUUCCCAAGGCAAAGCCCCCGCGCCACUGAGUGAGGAACGUUCUACUGGCGCUGAGAGAGUCGCAGGAUUGGAACGGUACAAGGAACAAUGACUGCCGAAAAGACUCUCCCAGUCAUCAAUGGGAAACCUGAAGAUGCUUUGGACUCCGAGGCUCCGGGUUCUACUCUGGGGCACAGUAACGACAAGAAAGUGAAUGAGAGGGGCCACUGGAACAACAAGGUGGAAUUUGUGCUGUCGGUGGCCGGGGAGAUCAUUGGGCUCGGGAACGUGUGGCGCUUCCCCUAUCUCUGCUACAAGAAUGGAGGAGGAGCCUUCCUCAUCCCGUAUGUGGUCUUCUUCAUCUUCUGCGGCAUUCCUGUCUUCUUCCUAGAGACCGCCCUGGGGCAGUUCACGAGCGAAGGGGGCAUUACCUGUUGGAGGAAGGUCUGCCCACUCUUUGAAGGUAUUGGCUACGCUACCCAGGUGAUCGAGGCCCAUUUAAAUGUCUAUUACAUCAUUAUAUUGGCGUGGGCAAUCUUCUACCUGUUCAACUGCUUCUCUGCGGAGCUGCCCUGGGCAACCUGCGGGCACAAAUGGAACACAGACAAAUGUGUGGAAUUUCAAAAGCUCAACAUGAGCAACGCGAGUCAGAUAUCAUUUGUCAACGCCACCUCUCCGGUCAUGGAAUUCUGGGAACGCAGAGUUCUAGCCAUAUCCGAUGGAAUUGAGCACAUUGGGGAGCUGCGCUGGGAAUUAGCCCUCUGCCUUCUGGGCGCCUGGACCGUUUGUUAUUUCUGCAUUUGGAAAGGGACCAAAUCCACAGGAAAGGUUGUGUAUGUCACGGCCACGUUCCCCUACGUGAUGCUCCUCAUCCUCCUCAUUCGUGGGGUGACUCUCCCCGGAGCCUCUCAGGGCAUCAAGUUCUACCUGUACCCCGACCUGUCCCGGCUGUCAGACCCACAGGUUUGGGUCGAUGCCGGAACACAGAUCUUCUUCUCCUACGCCAUCUGCUUGGGGUGCCUGACGGCACUGGGCAGCUACAAUAAUUACAACAAUAACUGCUACAGGGACUGCCUCAUGCUUUGCUGCUUAAACAGCGGAACCAGUUUUGUCGCGGGUUUCGCUAUAUUUUCCGUCCUUGGAUUCAUGGCUUACGAACAAGGGGUGCCCAUUGCCGAGGUGGCAGAGUCAGGUCCCGGAUUGGCUUUCAUCGCCUACCCAAGGGCUGUCACCAUGAUGCCCCUCGCUCCCCUCUGGGCGGCGCUGUUCUUUAUGAUGCUCAUCUUCCUCGGGCUGGAUAGUCAGUUCGUCUGUGUGGAAAGCUUGGUCACCGCCGUGGUGGAUAUGUACCCAAAGAUAUUCCGAAGAGGCUACAGGAGGGAACUGCUGAUUCUGGCGCUUUCUAUCGUGUCGUAUCUCCUUGGACUUAUAAUGUUAACUGAGGGCGGGAUGUACGUGUUCCAGCUCUUCGACUCGUAUGCAGCGAGCGGCAUGUGUCUGUUAUUUGUAGCCGUGUUUGAGUGCGUCUGUAUCGGCUGGGUGUACGGAAGCAAUAGGUUCUAUGAUAAUAUAGAAGAUAUGAUUGGACAUCGCCCGUUUGUAUUAAUAAAGUGGUGCUGGAUGUUCUUCACCCCAGGGAUCUGCGCAAGCAUCUUCAUAUUCUUCUUGGUGAAGUACAAGCCGCUGAAGUACAAUAACGUAUAUACUUACCCCGCGUGGGGGUACGGCAUCGGCUGGAUGAUGGCUCUCUCCUCCAUGGUGUGUAUCCCCCUGUGGAUCAUUAUCAAGAUGUGCCAGACUGAAGGCAGCUUUAUACAGAAACUGAAGACCUUGACGUUACCAAGCCCAGAGCUGAAGAUGAGGGGGAAACUGGCGGCCGGCGCCGCUACAGCCAACGACUGCGAAGCCAAACUGAAAGGCGACGGCAACAUCUCCGCCAUCACAGAGAAAGAGACGCACUUCUAAGGCAACAAUUCCACUCCUUUUGUAAAACACAAACUCAGAUAAACAAACAGAUCUCACUUAAAUAGAGCGUCUCGCUUGCUCCGCACAAAGUCUUAACAGGUUAAUUGUGAGUGCACUCUGUAUACUUGUCUAAAGGUGAUUUUUUUUAAUUAUUAUAUAAGUGACUGAUUUCAGAA